AUGCUCAAGCUCGCAAAGUGCUUGCUCACUUUUGGUGCUCCAUCUCAUCGUAUCGAAUCGCAGUUGGCCACCGCUUCUCAGAUCCUUGACGCGAAAGCCUCAUUCGUCCACAUACCAAACAUCAUCAUCGUCACGUUUGGUGACGAGGACAUGACGUCUGUCGAGACUCAUUUCGUGAAAGCGAACGGAAAAAUUGCGCUCACCGCGUUGCAAGGAGUCCACCUUGUGUAUCGCAAGGUCCUUCAUGACAAAAUGACCGUCGAAGACGGCACCAAGCGAUUGAGCUCCAUACUUUCCGCUCCCCCAAUAUAUUCCCUGUUGGUUCGCUGCCUAUUAGCCUUUGUAUGCGGCUCUACCAUCUGCGUCCUUGCAUUCGGGGGAUCAGUCAUUGAUAUGUGGAUCAGCGGAGUGUGUGCCUUCGUCUUGCAAUACCUAGGCCUUAACACUGCAACAAAAAGUGCGACAUACGCGAACGUCUAUGAGAUAUCAAUUGCCAUUAUCGUGUCCUUCGUGGCUCGAGCACUCGGCACCAUACCAGGCAGGUUGUUCUGCUACAACGCUAUAGCAUCUGCCGGAGUGGUGUUGAUUCUACCAGGAUUUACUAUCCUUAUCAGCGCGCUAGAACUCACUUCCAGAAACAUUUUAUGUGGAUCCGUAAGAAUGGUUUAUGCGAUCAUCUACACUUUGUUUUUGGGUUUCGGCCUAACGAUCGGCUCCGAUCUUUAUCUUGUACUCAACAAACACGCUCGACACACGUUAGAUAAAGGUGAAGCAGAGAGAUAUACGAUGUACCACGGGACUUUCCACGCUGUGAAUGGCACUUCACCCGUUCCAGGAGGCGCCAUCUUCGGGUGCUACAGGGAGCCAAGCUGGCCAUGGUGGAGAAAGGAACUUCCCUGGUGGACGCUCUUCUUCCUCGUACCGGCGUACUCUCUAUGCUCGUCUUUGUCUAACCUGCAGGAGUUGCGCAGCUGGCAGCUUCUCGUCAUGGUGCUGUUUGCGUGCUGUGCCUUCGUCGCGAAUCGAGUCUCGAAUGACUAUCUUCCUGGCAAAAGCGAUAUCAUUUCGGCUUCUGGGGCUUUGGUCAUUGGACUUUUGGGCAACGUUUACUCGCGAGUCAUGCGUGGAACCGCUUUCACAGCCAUGGUCACCGGUGUGUUGUUCCUUGUUCCUUCUGGUAUCGGUCAGGGCGGGGGUCUCCUCUCGUCUGAUGAAACAUCGUCUUCUCAGCAAUACUCCGCUGGACUUGAUCUUGCCAUCCGGAUAAUAGAAGUUGCGAUUGGAAUAACGGUUGGUCUAUUUGUCAGUCAGAUCUUCGUAUAUGCCCUGGGAAGAAGAAAGAACGCCGCGCACUUUGCUUUCUGA